GAGGAGGGAGAGAGCAGGAGGAGGAAGGAGGGAGAACCAGAGAGAGAGCCCAGAAGGAAGGAGGGAGGGAGGAGGCAGACGCUGGAGCAAUGCAGGCCGGGAAACAGUUGCCUGUGCCCCCAGCCCGGGCGGAAGCCCCCUUCACGUGCGCAACGUGCGGGGACGAGUUCAGCCGCUCUCACGCCUUGCAGCAGCACCUGAGGGUGCACGCCGGGCAGCGGGCGUUCGGAGAGAUGAGCUUCACUCGGGCUGAGGCGGUGUCCUCGCGGGAGCAGUGCAACCGGGGCGAGAGGCUGGCUGUCUGUGACGUCUGCGGCAAGGGCUUCACCGUGGCGGCGCUGCUGGCCCGGCACCAGGUCUCGCACACCGGCCGCCAGCCCCACGAGUGCGGGCUCUGUGGCAAGACCUUCGCCCUAGCUGAGAACUGUGGCCGCCACCGGCGCCUCCACCUGGCCGAGACCCAGAGCUACCGCUGUGAUGCCUGCUCUGCUUCCUUCCCUCAGGCUGAGCAGCUGGUGUUUCACCAGCGCAGCCAUGGGCCCCGCGAGUCCUUUGUCUGCCCAGCCUGUGGUAAGGGCUUCACCCAGCAGCUCUUCCUGCAGUGGCACAUGCCGGUCCACGCCAUCUCUGCCGUGGGCAUCUGCGCCGUGGGGCCUUCCACCUCUGGACCAAAACACUCCCCCUCCGCCUCUGGACCGAAACACUGUCCCUCUGCCGCGGGGCCCUCCACCUCUGGACCAAAACACUCCCCCUCCGCCGCGGAGCCCUCCGCCUCUGGACCGAAACACUCCUCCUCCGCCUCUGGACCGAAACACUCCUCCUCUGCCGCAGGGCCCUCCGCCUCUGAAUCAACACAUUCCUGCACCGUGGGGGUCUCCAACUCCUCCGCCCCUGCACUGACACAUUCCCUCACUGCGGUGGCUUCCAACUGCUCUGUCUGUGGACCGACAUAUGCUUCCGCCGUGGGGCUGUCCAACUCCUCCAUCUCUGGACCAACAUACACCUCCGUCGUGGGGCUGUCCAACCCCUCCAUCUCUGGACCAACACACACCUCUGCCGUGGGGCUGUCCAACCCCUCCAUCUCUGGACCAACAUACACCUCCGCCGUGGGGCUGUCCAACUCCUCCAUCUCUGGACCAACACACACCUCUGCCGUGGGGCUGUCCAACUCCUCCAUCUCUGGACCAACAUACACCUCCGCCGUGGGGCUGUCCAACCCCUCCAUCUGUGGACCAACAUACACCUCUGCCAUGGAGCUGUCAAACUCCUCCAUCUCCAGACCAACGCUCCCCUCCGCCGUGGGACUCUACUUCUCCUCGUCCUCCACUGUGGGGCCCCCUACCACCCUGGGCCCAUACCCCACUGUGGUCUUGUCCCCCAGCUCCACUGCGGGGCCUCUUCCCUCCGCCGUGGGGCCCACCUCCACCAUGGGGCCCUCGUGCCCCAGGACAGAGCGGCGUCUGACUUGUGGUAUGUGCGGAGACCCCCUCGGUGGGUCCCAGGCCCUGGAGCAGCCCGGACGGGUCUCCCGAGGACAGCGGGUCGCCCCGCGGUUUGGGCCCUGCUCUUCGGCCCGGGAGACCCCCCGGGGAGGGGUGAACACCUGCCCAGCAUGCAGCAAGGCCUUCACCCGGCCUCACUACCUGCGCUGUCACGUGAGGGCGCGCCGGCCCCCUGCCAUCCCUGACAGAGGCCCCCACUGCGAAGGAGCCAAUUCCUUCAUCUGCGACUCCUGCGGGGGCAGUUUCCGGCUGUGGGAGAACUUCCAGAGGCACCGGAAACUUCACCAGCAAAGGGACAGCAGUCCCGUCGCCGCCGUCAUCCAGGCUGCUCCCAGCAACUGAGGCAACAGCAGAGAGAAGGAGCGGGCAGGGCUACAGAGACGGAGAGACACACACAGGGAGAGUGAGAGAGAGACACACAGGGAGAGUGAGAGAGAGACACGGAGAGUGAGAGUGAUGGUGGCAGAGGAGAGAGGGACACAGAGAGGGGGACACAGAGAGUGGAAAUGGGGGCAUGGUAGGGGAGAGAGAGAGAGAGAGAGACUGGGGAUAGACUGACAGAGAAAUUGUUUUAGUGUGAGAGAGAGAGAUUGGAGACAGUCUAUGAGAGAUUGAAAGACUGGGCACAAACUGAGAGAGAAUCUGGGAACAGUCUGUGAGAGAGAGAGAGACUGGGGACAGCCUGUGUGUGUGUGAGAGAGAUAGAGUGAGCUUGGGGACAGUCUGAGAGAGACUGGCUACAGUCAGAGAGAGCCUGGGGACUGUGUGUGUGUGUGUGUGUGUGUGUGUGAGAGAGAGAGAGAGAGAGACUGGGCACAAACUGAGAGAAGCUGGGGACUGUGUGUGUGAGAGAGAGAGGGAGAGGGGGACCGGGGAUGGUCUGUGAGAGAGAGAUAGACUGGCCACAAACUGAGAGAGAGUCUCGGGACAGCCUGAGAGAGGCUGAGCACACACUGAGUGAUUGGGAACUGAUUGAGAGAGAGAACCUGGAAAUGGGGAGAGACUAGGGACAGACUGAGUGUGUCUGGGGAAUAGACUGACAGAGAGUGACCCCGAGCUUCGAGCAGCCCCAAUUCUCUGUGCUCCCCAUUUAUCACCAUCUCCCCAUGUCUGAUCAGAAACUGAGUGUUAGACAGCAGACUCUGUUGACAGAUCUGGAACCUGACUCCCAGGAAGGACACCAAUGGUGAAGUGAUGGUGGGAAAAUGGAUUUAAAUAUUACUGAGAGACAGCACCCACUGGAUUGACCCAUUGCAUUGUGUUCAAGCUGAACUGUGGAUUAACUUACAGUAUUCAGGACACACCUAGAACCAAUAAAAUAUUAAAUUUCAUUCGUACAGGACAGUAUCUAACUUCAUGCUGCCCCUGUCCUGGCAGUAUUUGAUGGGGGCGUAACAGUGUUGCUGAUGUAUCUGCCUAUAUAUUAGAGUUGUAUUUCAUCCAGAAGUUUUCUGAAGUGAUGGUUUCUCAUGAGGCUAAUGUGGAAUUUAUAUCAAUGUCUCAGUUUUGUUCACUGCCUGAUUUAGAGCGUCGCAAUAAAGUGCGUGA